AUGGGUAGCUUUUUUUAUGAUGAUGACUAUAAUGAUAUGUGUUAUACACAACAUUAUAAUGGUCGUCCACUAUCAGUGAUUUUAACAGAACCAUUCGAUCCAUUUGAACCUCAGCCAGCAUCGUUCUUUGAUGAUAUUCCUUGUAUAGAAAGUGAUUUUGCUUCACUUCAUCAUCAUCAUCGUCAUCACCAUCACCAUCAUCAUCAUCAACAACAACAAGAACAACAACAUCGUCAUCGAAGUCGUUCAUCAGGUCGAAGAUAUAAACGAGAGUAUUUUACUGUGCAUUAUCCCAAUGCUAAUUAUAACUCAUAUUGUUUUUCUCCACCACCGCCACCACCACCACCACGUCGACCCAUACAUCGUGUUGCUUCAAGAGAAGUUCUAAUUGAAAAAAUAGAAACUGUGACGAUAGAAGAACAACAACGUCGACCACCACCACCACCUUAUAUGGUUUCAUUUGUGCGCACACCAUCACCACCUAUUCGACAACUAAAAAUACGAAAUCGACCUUCAUCAUGUUUUGAUUUAUACAAAGAAUCAACAGAUACACGACAUCAACAAAAAGAAAAUCGAUGGUCAAAAUGUGUUGAUGAACGUCGUGAAGAACAUUUUCAAUAUAAUUAUAAUUAUAAUUAUCAUAAAACUCCUGAACGUAUUGUACCAAUUGAACGUGAGCCACCGCCGUCACCACCGCCUCCACCUCCACCACCAGCACCAGUACCAUUAAAAAUUAUUUUCCAUGAUGCUACAACAUCAACAGAAGAUCUUUAUAUUCCAACACCAAAACCAGUUCGUCCUGAAACAAAAGAUACUGGUACGACAACAGCCGGUUUACCAAAACGUCCUCUAUGUGUUACAGGUAAAGAAAACUCUUAUAUUUCAUUAAUUAAUCUUUCGCCCAUAGAAACUCAAAUAAUCGAACGAUUUGAAAAGACUGAAAAAGUCCGACGUGAUUCAACAUCAAGUACAGGUACGCUGUCAAAACCAUGCAAUGUAUUAAAUCUUACUGCAGCUGAUCGUAAACGUGAAAAAAGUCGUGUUAUUGUUCGACCAACAUCGAAACCGCGUGAAAUUCUUGUGGAUACAUCCGGAAUAUUUAGUUUUCCAGGUGAAUUUUCUGAACCAACAUCCCCGCAAAAUAUUGAAAAUGGUUCGACAAUAAAAUCUCGAUCACCUUUUCAACCGCCUGAUAUAAAAUAA